AUGCCACCAAACGCAGUGCGAGUGAUGGAAGAUUUCGGUCUAGUCGAAGAACUCGAAAAAGCCGGCGCUGUCAACAUCUCCUCUCAUUGUCUUCUCAAAUACACCAAUGGUGACUGUAUCGCCAAGCGACCCGGCCAUGUAUGGCAACGGAAACACUUCGGACAAGCAUGGUAUGUCAUCCACCGGGCCGACUACCAUCGCGUCCUGCGUGAGGAAGCCACGAGACUAGGAGCGAAGAUUCGUCUCGCAUCGGAAGUCAUUUCAGCCGAUUCAAAGACUACAUCCGUGCUACUCGCUUCUCAGGAGAGGUUGUAUGCGGACAUAAUUAUUGGUGCAGAUGGAUUACGGUCGGUGGUUCGUGAUGAGGUUCUUGGAUAUCAUGUUGGUCCUAGUGACACAGGUGAUUUGGCUUAUCGAGCGACAUUUCCUAAAGAGAGGGUGGAGGCUUUGGAUGAAUCUUUGAUUGAGCCUUCGCUGCGUUGCUGGUUGGGGCCUUAUCAGCAUGCUGUUUUGUAUCCUGUGCGUGGUGGCUCUACGUAUAAUCUUGUUUUAGUGUGUCCUGAUGAUUUACCUUCGGGCGUGGCCACCGAAGAGGGCAACGUGCAAGAGAUGCGAAAUUUGUUCAAAGGAUGGGAUUCAAGACUGACAAAAAUGAUCGCACAAGUUGACAAUGCCCUCAAAUGGAAGAUCUGCCAUAUGAAAGAGUUAGAUACCUGGUGCAGGGGAUCUAUUGCUCUCCUAGGAGAUGCUUGUCACCCUACCUUACCAUAUCAAGCCCAAGGUGCAGCAAUGGCAGUCGAAGACGGAGCUGCUCUAGGAGUCCUUCUCGGCAAACUUUCAAGGAGCAAUCGUCCCUCCAAAGUUCCCGAGGUGCUACGCCUAUACGAACUCACUCGUAAGGAGAGAACUACGAUCAAUGUCCAAGGCGCGGUCGCAAACCAGAAAUUAUAUCAUAUGGUCGAUGGGCCUGAAGCGGAUGCCCGAAAUGAAGCAUUUCUUCACGUUGAUUGGGAUAAUCCUGAUCAUGAUUUUCAAUAUGGAUGGGGAAAUGUGGGGUACCUCAAAAGAUUGAUGGCUUUUAAUGCGAGUAUUGAGGCAGGCCGACAAUUUGAUGAGUGGGAAAGAGAGGGAAUGGAAUGA